AUGCAAGACGACAACAAUCCUUACGCACACUCUCCGCAUAACGAGAUGUCGUGCUCAUCGCCCUUCUUGCCGACCAUCCCCUACGUCAAAAACAGGAUGUCGACCCUCUCUGCCAUCGCCAGCGUCGGUCUUGCGCCACUCAAGGCCCUCGUCGCCGCCCCCUUCCCGAUGCAGCAGACCAUGAUGAUCUGGAAAGCUUGUACAGCAACCGACCCCAUCCAAGAGGACGAAGACGAUUGCGCAGCAAAAGUGUCUAUCCAUGGCAACAUCCUCACUCCGGUCAUGGUCGUCGCAACCAUCGCGCCUACCGAGGCAACCACUCCGGAGAUCCCAGCCCCGACCCAGCUCACGAUGACUCCAAUCACCACUACCGCUGACUUGGAGCCUUCCAUUACUCAAGUGAAAGUCCCUGAAGAUCAAGUCAUCAAUUACACGGUCACCAAUUACACGAUCACUGCCGCUGAGACGGUCGUUGAGUAUGAGCCCAUCGACGAGCCGAAGAACAAGGGAACCCAUGUCAGGACCGACUCUGCGAGCUCCACGUCCUCGACCACAUCCAAUGUUUCCACCCAAACAACUGACAGCAACUGGUCAAACUCGACUUCGUCGACCGCAGCCACCGAUGUCUUCCACACCCAACAGACAGAGGACUGCCUGAAGCAAAAAGACUUUCAGCAUCCCGUCAACAUGGAUAACGAUAUCCAUAUCUUUACUGUUGCCGUAAAGGCUAGGACUGCCACCGUUAACCAACAUGAACAGCCACUCGGCCACAAGGAAGAAUCGGUCUUUGAUCUCAUGGCCAAGUACGGGGUGAAUGAAGAUCAGAUUGCCGAUGCCGAGUGGAAGGAUAUCAUGACUUACGAGGCCGACCGUCAACGUAAGGAGAAACGCGGUCCAAAAGUGCACUGCCAGGAGGUUUUCAUUGGCCUGCCCCCUACUUCCCCGUCUAACUGGCAGCCGGGAUCUGAUCUUCCCCAUGAGGCGCUAGAGGGUAUGGACAAUCACCUUGAGAGCAGCAUCCAUCUGAAUACCCUUCCUCCUUUUGACAACGAGAUCGAAACAGCUCUUCAGCCAACGCAUGGCCAUCAAGAGUGUGUUGUUGAGGAGGCAACUGGCUCGGUUGUCGGCGAGGCUAUCCCCAACAUUGGGAUCACUCGUGCCGCCACACCAAAGAAGUUCAAGAUCCGUUCCGUGCAACAGAUCGCCAGUUCCUCCCCUGGUGCUCCCGUCCGGAAAUUCCGAGUUGGUGGUCAAAGACUUCGUGAUUCCAACGUCUCCCAGUCAUCAACCGUGCAGUACAAGCCCCUGGAAAUUCCGCGUAUUCUUGUGACUGAGCCCAUUGAUCCGCCCACUGACCUCAAUAACUACCCCGAGACUGACCACCAUCAAGCGACCACAUCAUCUUUCCUCGAAAUUCCCUCUCAGAACGACUUUGAUGCUUUUACCCUCAACCUCCACGAACCCUUGGUAUCAGAGUUGGACUUCGAGAGGGCCAACUUUGCCCCCUCUUCUCCCGGCGGAAAAGAGAAAUGGUUGAACAAGUGGGCAGAGAAGGGCAGUGCCACCCGCAGAAGAGCGACUAUGUGGAUUAUCGAUUUGCCAACCGCGAAGGAGGCGAUGAGAGUGGAGGACAACCAGGUCUUCCUCCCCCCUGUCACUACUGAGACUCCUCGCGUACGUCGGCUAAACAACUAUGGCGAGGACUACUUCUUGAUGACUCCCGAGUCAACGGCAUCCUCGGAGCUUGCCAAAUGGAGUGAAGAGACGAGCGAGAUUUUUGAGGACUUGGUUGAGCAAGACAAAGAGGAAGUAAACCAGCAGAACAAGAACAGCAUUGCUCCUGAGCCAGAGUCGUCGAGCAGUCGAUAUGACAUCACCUACCAUUUAGACGAGCUCUAUGACUGGGAGAAUGAGGGAGAGACGGUGAAGAAGGGUCCCGAGCAUGAAGUACAUCGGAACGAGGCCACCAAGAACAAAGUGAGCAACUUGGAAACCGACAAGCCUACCGCUACCGGCAAAGCCUCGGCUGUUGAGAACCACGACCAGACCGCACUAGUUUCCGCCCUUUGCCACAAAUGGGGACCAGACAGAUUUGACCGAUGGUGCGAAGAGUACGCCACUCCCAUCUCGGAAGUCAUCUGGAACGAGGCCGGCACCGAUCUGGAAGAGUUCACUGGAGCAAAUAGCGAACCCGCCCAGGAACAUGAAGAGACGGUCCAGACACCGCGACGCCACUCGUUCCCCGUCGAUAACCCCCCUGGAAAGUAUUUGAGGACGCGCCGGAGCUUGGAGUACAAGGAGGAUGUUCAAACAAGGCUUCGCCUGACGCGCUGGCGCCUUGAGCGCUGGACGGAGGGGAGAGACAACAUGCGGUACGACGAAGACUUUGUCAUCAACUUUGAGGGACAUGAGUAG